UUUUAUUACCUGUGGUCUGUUGUAAAGAAUUUGUGGCCGGAGAGCAAUGUUUACAAAAUAUUAAAUAAUAUGAUGGAAUGUGUUCUUUAAAAACUAUAUUAAUUAUCAUCCAAACAUAUUCAUUUCUAUGUAAUAAGUAGAUCUUUUGUCGAAUAUCAAUUCUAAAGUAGUGAAGUAAAGUGCGAUCGCGCGCGGUCGAUCUGCGAUCAUCAUGGGCAUGUCUCGCUGCUACUCGCUGAUGAAGUGUUUGCUGAUCAUGUUCAACGUUAUAUUCCUUUGCGUGGGCGCGGGCGUGUGCGCGUUCGUGUCGUGGGCGCUGUGGGACGGGCGCGGCGCGGAGGGCGGCGCGGGGCGCGCGGGGCUGUGCGCGCUCGGCCUGUGGGCGGUGGUGCUGACACUCGGAGCUAUCGCUGCACUAGCAGGCGCGAUCCGCGGCUCGGCGUCGCUGCUGGCGGCGGCGUUCGCGCUGCUGGCGCUGAGCGCGGUGGCCGAGGCGGCCGCGGCGUGGUGGGGCGCCGCGCACCAGCCGCAGCUGCAGCAGGCGCUGCGCGAGCGGCUGCGGCACUCGCUGCUACACGAGUACGGCGCGCUGCCGGCGCGCACGCAGGCGCUCGACGCCAUCCAGCGCGGGUUGCAGUGCUGCGGCGUGGAGAGCGCGCGCGACUGGCAGCAGGCGGCGUGGGCGCGCAGCGCGGGCGAGCUGGACCUCAGCGUGCAGGCGCCCGCCGCCUACUACUGGGUGCCCGCCUCGUGCUGCACGUCCACGGAGGAGGUGGAGUGCGCGGUGGCGCGGCGCGUGCCCGCUGCGUCGGGCGGCGGCGCGGGGCUGCACGCGGCGCCGUGCGCGCCGCGCGUGCUGGGCGCGCUGCGCGGCGCCGCGCGCGCGCCGCUGGCCGCCGGCGCCGUGCUGCUGGCCAUGCACGGCGCCGCGCUGCUGCUGGCGCUGGCGCUGUGUCUGCGCGCGCACCCCGACACGCGCUACAAGGCCUAGGCGCCGCCUGACGCCCGACGAGCCCGAGCGACCUCGAACGAGAAAAGCUUAUCGUGAGGCUCCGCUACGAUGUUAAAACGUAUAAUACGUCCAAAGUGAGAAUAGCAAAGUCAGUUCCCUCUAUCUGGACCUCCAUUGUGUGGCUAAUUCUGUUACAAUACACAAUUUAUAAACUAAAAUAACAGCUCUUUAAAUGUACAUUGCUAUCCCUUACAUGAUGCUAUCUGCAGGUGAACAGGCAGCACAUACAGAGCUGGCGAUUUAGUUUACACAUUGUGUAAAGUAGAAUUAGCCACAUUGUCACAUGCACGGAAGAUGCUCUGCUGACGACAAUUUCUUUUCACAUAUUUAACUUAGACCCACUUGCACAAGGACACUUUCACUAAUUUAGUUAUGCUUCAGCCAAAAAGUGACAGCUGAGAAAGUUCUCCCAAACCGGGCUCUCUACAUGAAACACUCAAUAUAUACUUUAUAGUUACUAGACAACACUAGCCGCUGACUUACCUGCCACAGUUAUACAACUGACAUUCCAAAUGUAACUGCAAGUUAACUCACUACUUGCGCCUAUGGUUCUUCUAUAUCUAUGUUGAUUGGACAGACAGCAUUACAAAAUUUAUCUUUAUCAUUAAUUCUUUAUGAUUAAAUCAGUUUCUGCACCCGUGCAAGUGCGUCUGUCACUACAAAAUAUAUUCAAAAUAAUAAAUAUAAAUACAUUUCCUGUUGAAACGUCAAUAUCAUAAACGUUAUAUCUACGUAUUCUUAAUUUGGACGCAUCACACGUAACCUACAGUGAUUGGAAUACUCGAUUCUCUUUCAUUUGUUUACACUUUGACUGACAAAAGCCUAUUAAGUAUAAUUGUUUUACUCCCAAAAAUAAUCUUACUAUUUUGUUUUUGAAUAAAUAUUUAUUUAUUUAGAUGUAAGUUAAAGUAAUCUGUAAUCAAAAACAUUAAUAACAUAAUAUUAUUAUUACGACCAUAAAAGUUGUAGCAUAUUGAGAGGAACCGUGGUCGACGUGUACAAACAUAGUUGAUAAAUACUUUCAAAAGAAUAUUAAUAUAUUAUACACACUAGUCAUAACAUCGCGGCCGCGAGCGAUCCGGCAACUGAUCGAAUAUAAUAUUUCCCGCCAUCUGCUAAAAUAAUUGUAUUCCGAGUUUAUGUAUAUGUAAUAAAGCGGAACACGAUCAAUCACAGUGGAAUCGCUAAAUUGUGUGUACUUUCAUUUAGGGAUUUGAUUUGUGUUCGACUACAUUAGCGUACUUUCCUUUUCCUUAGUUCACUUAAAAGGUAAGCAAGAAGCUUGCCGCUUAUGCGUAAGUUCGCGGCGCACGCCACCCGGCGAUGACAGCGUACGAGUGGAACCUCGCUCCAGAGGGCCUGCAGCGCCAGCAAAGCGCGGCUAUGAAAAGGUUUCCGCCAUUUAUUUAUCUUUUAAGCUAACUAAGGAAAAACGGACUAUGCGCCUAACACAAUCAAAUAUGACAUCAAGACUGAAACUGAUCUAAGAAGACAAAACAACCUGAUUUUUUAAAUUGCUUGUCUCGUUAUCAGAACUGCAUUUAAUUAUUUGUAAGUACUUUACAUAUUUUUUAAUUAU